UAUAUGUUCCGCUAUUUGACUGAUUCAAGUGCAUUUUUCUCGCGUAAAAUUUUUAAAUUUGAAUUUAUUUCCGGCAAUGAGCCAUGGAGUCGAAAACUACAUUGGUGCAUUGGUUUCGCAAAGGACUACGUGUACAUGAUAACCCAGCAUUGACUCUUGUUUUCUCCAAAGCAGUAAGCCAACCCACAAAAUAUUGCGUGCGACCGAUUUUUAUACUCGAUACUGCGUUAUUGGAAUGGUUGCGUGUUGGCGCGAACCGUUGGCGUUUUUUGCAACAAACACUAGCAGACUUGGAUGCAAAUUUAAGGAAACUAAAUACGCAAUUAUAUGUGGUGCGCGGUACACCAGCUACAGUUUUUCAACGCAUCUUUAAGGAGUGGCGUGUGAGUUUACUAACCUUUGAAAGUGAUAUUGAGCCAUAUGCAUUGAAGCGUGAUGCAGAGAUUCAACGUUUGGCUAAGGCAGCUAGAGUAAAAGUGGAUGUAUUUUGCUCGCAUACCAUAUAUAAUCCAGAAUUAGUAAUACAAAGAAAUGGUGGCAAUGCGCCACUAACAUAUCAGAAAUUUUUAAGCGUUAUCGAAAAAUUAAAUGUGCCAUUGCCGGUGGCAAACCCCGAGAGAUUGUCAGAUGAACAAAGGCCAACAAAGGAUAGUAUGGAGCAACAAAACAGUAGUUGCUAUGCAUAUCCAACAUUAGAUGAACUCGUGAAGCGGCCCGAUGAGUUAGGUGAAAAUAAAUUCGUUGGCGGCGAGACGGAAGGUUUACGUCGUUUGGAUGCUUCGUUGAGCAACGAAUCAUGGGUUGCUGCUUUUGAGAAACCAAAUACUGCUCCGAAUUCGCUUGAACCCAGCACAACUGUGCUUAGUCCCUACCUGAAGUUUGGUUGCCUCAGCGCACGCUUGUUUCAUCAGCGUUUAAUGUCGAUACUUAAGCGUCAAACCAAACAUUCCAAACCACCCGUAUCAUUGUUAGGACAAUUGCUCUGGCGUGAAUUUUACUACACAGCCGCUGCGUCAGAGCCAAAUUUCGAUCGUAUGUUAGGUAAUAAAUUCUGCAUGCAAAUACCAUGGGAAACCAACGAAGUACAUUUAUCCGCUUGGACGAAUGGGCGUACGGGUUAUCCAUUUAUAGACGCCAUAAUGCGUCAAUUACGUCAGGAGGGUUGGAUACAUCAUUUAGCGCGUCACGCUGUUGCAUGCUUUCUAACACGUGGUGAUUUAUGGAUCUCUUGGGAGGAGGGCCAAAAAGUAUUCGAAGAAUUACUGCUCGAUCAGGAUUGGGCAUUGAAUGCCGGCAAUUGGAUGUGGCUCUCAGCCUCAGCAUUCUUUUAUCAAUACUUUCGUGUCUACAGUCCGGUAGCUUUCGGCAAGAAAACUGAUCCAACCGGCGCUUACAUAAGGAAAUAUGUACCUGAACUUGCCAAGUACCCAGCAGGGUGUAUCUAUGAACCUUGGAAGGCAACUUUGAGUGCACAACGCGAAUAUAGCUGUGUGUUGGGCAAAGAUUAUCCACAUCGUAUAGUUAUUCACGAAACUGUGCACAAGGAGAAUAUAAAACGCAUGACAGCGGCUUACAAAAUAAAUCGUGAAGUGAAAGAAGGCAAGAGUCCAACCGACGGAGGUGGAAAGGACAAACGUAAAAAGGUAGGAAGUAGCGCACAGUUGACAAAGAAGCUACGUACCUAAGACGCAUACGACGUAGUAGUAUAUAGUAGUGUAGUCUUUUUUUGUAGUAAUAAGUUACUAUAUUGCAGAGCUUUGUUAUGUUUAUUAAACAGUUAAGUUCAUUAAAAAUACACUACCAAUGACAUAAUA